AUGUUUUACUCAGUUGGUCAAUAUACCAAGUCUGAAGAGUACCUUCAGAAAGCACUAGUGAUCAAGAAAGAAAUCGGUGACAAACAAGGAGAAGCAUGUAUUUACGGAAAUCUGGGAGUUGUGUUUACAUCUGUUGGUCAAUAUACCAAGGCUGAAGAAUACCAUCAGAAAGCACUAGUGAUCAGGAAAGAAAUCGGUGACAAAGAAGGAGAAGUGUCAGAUUACGGAAAUCUAGGAACUGUGUUUCAGUCAGUUGGUCAAUAUACCAAGGCUGCACAAUACGUUCAAAAAGCACUAGUGAUGAGAAAAGAAAUCGGUGACAAAAAAGGAGAAGCGACAGACUACGGAAAUCUAGGAAGUCUGUUUCAAUCUGUUGGUCAAUAUACCAAGGCUGAAGAAUAUCUUCAAAAAGCACUAGUGAUAAAUAAAGAAAUCGGAGACAAAAAAGGAGAAGCGUCAGACUACGGAAAUCUAGGAACUGUGUUUCUAUCUGUUGGCCAAUAUACCAAGGCAGAAGAAUGUCUUCAGAACGGCACUAGUGAUCAGGAAAGAAAUCGGUGACAAAGCAGGAGAAGCAUCAGAUUACAGAAAUCUAGGAACUGUGUUUGUAUCUGUUGGUCAAUAUACCAAGGCUGCAGAAUGCCUUCAUAAAGCACUAGUUAUAAAUAAACAAAUCGGUGAGAAAAAAGGAGAAGCAUCUGCUUACGGAAGUCUAGGAACUGUGUUUCUAUCUGUUGGUCAAUAUACCAAGGCAGAAGAAUACCUUCAGAAAGCACUAGUAAUCAGCAAAGAAAUCGGUGAUAAAGAAGGAGAAGCGUCAGAUUACGAAAAUCUAGGAAAUGUGUUCCUAUCUGUUGAUCAAUAUAGCAAGGCUGAAGAAUACCUUCAGAAAGCAAUAAUGAUCAAGAAACAAAAUGGUGACAAACAAGGAGAAGCAUCUGCUUACGGAAAUCUGGGAGCUGUUUUUCAAUCUGUUGGUCAAUAUACCAAGGCUGAAGACUACCUUCAGAAAGCACUAGUGAUCAGGAAAGAAAUCAUUGACAAACAAGGAGAAGCAUCUGCUUACGGAAAUCUAGGAACUGUGUGUUAACGUGUUGGUCAAUAUGCUAAGGCAGAAGAAUACCUUCAAAAAGCACUCUUAAUCAGGAAAAAAAUCGGUGACACAAAAGGAGAAGCGUCUGACUACGGAAACCUAGGAACUGUGUUUCUAGCUGUUGGUCAACAUUGCCAGAAAUUAGGGACAAGAUGGCGGUUGCGCGUGCGCACUAAGGCCACAAUGGCUGCGAAUUCGUAUAAGAAAAUGUAUGGAGAUAAGGAAACUUUUUCAAAUAUAUCGAUUAUGAGCUCACGGGUGUUCGGUGCCCGACUCGAAACAUGUUAAGUGCUGUGUAACCCUCGCAUCUGGGUUAAAAAUAGCUAAUUAGAAGUAGGUUUACUUACUUCCUGACGUGGCCACUUUUAUUCCUUGUUGUACGCUCCAUUUCUCCAUACAUUGUCUUAAAAUCUUGCCGAAGUCAUGCGAAAUACUCGUCGAUUAGAGGAUAAACCCUUCACUGAAGUAAAUUUGCCCGACUCGAUAUCACUUCUGCGAUGGAAGAUGUUUCCAAAACAGUCGUUAAAAGGACGAUUUUUGCACUGCAAAAUACUUCCAAAGGCGCAUUAUUUCCCUCAGUUUUCCAUCUGUAGUCCAGUAAUGGACGCCAUGGUUGCGAAUGACACAUUUCGGUCGGACACAGCUUCACAACUCCAAACCCCACAGAAUCGCCAUUUUGUUUGUUGCUACAACUCCAGAGAUGCUUCACGGGAUAUAAACUAGGUUCCAGGCAUUCAAAAUCCUCGAUUAGCCUACCAGGCUUGGUUUUAAAACAAAAUUGUCACGAAAAUGUCACGAAAGGUACAUCCGCGUACUGUUUUGUUGCUAUCAGCCGCUCGGCCGCGUAUAAACCUAACAUUUUCUUGCAAGGUGUUUAAUUCCAGCUUUUUUCUUCGUAAAACAGAUCCACAGAGCUCAAAUUAUUUAAAAAAUCGCAGGGGAUACGCUUUCCCUGACUACGAUAGUUUUUGUCCGCCAUUUUAAAAAUGAGAUUCCGCUGACAAUUGAUCACGGGCGCGAAAUGUCCACGAUUUCUGGCAAUGUAUACCAAGGCAAAAGAAUACCUUCAGAAAGCACUAGUGAUCAGGAAAGAAAUCGGUGACAAAGAAGGAGAAGCAUCUGAUAACGGAAAUCUAGGGGCGGUGUUCCAGUCUGUUAGUCAAUAUACCAAGGCAGAAGAAUGCCUUCAAAAAGCCCUAGUGAUCAGGAAAGAAAUCGGUGACAAAAAAGGAGAAGCAUCAGACUACGGAAAUCUAGGAACUGUGUUUCAAUCUGUUGGUCAAUAUACUAAGGCGGAAGAAUACCUUCAAAAAGCACUAGUGAUACAUAAAGAAAUUGGUGACAAAAAUGGAGAAGCAUCUGAUUACGGAAAUCUAGGAACUGUGUUUCGAGCUGUUGGUCAGUAUACCAAGGCUAAAGAAUACCUUCAAAAAGCACUAGAGAUCAGCAAAGAAAUCGGUGAUAAAGAAGGAGAAGCGUCACAUAACGGAAACCUGGGAAUUGUGUUUAAAUCUCUUGGUCAAUAUACCAAGGCAGAAGAAUACCUGCAGAAAGCACUGGUGAUCAGGAAAGAAAUCGGUGACAAAAAAGGAGAAGCGAACGACUACGGAAAUCUAGGAACUGUGUUUAAAUCUGUUGGUCAAUAUAACAAGGCUGAAGAAUAUCUUCAGAAAGCACUGACGAUCAAUGAAGAAAUCGGAGACAAAAAUGGUGUUGGAGCUUCAUACUUAAAUCUGGGAAAUCUUUGUCGAGAAUUUCAGCUUCACGCGAAGAGUCAAGAAUUUACUAAUAAAGCACUUCAGACAAGUUACGAAAUAGGGGACAUUGAAAUGCAGUUUAACAGCCACCUUGCCAUUGCUCUGAACGCGUUAGUGGCAGGAGGAAGCAUAAAUGAACUACUGCAAAAUCUAUUUGAAAGCAUUCAGAAGUGCGAAGAAAUGCAUGAUUUUUCAAGAGUGAAAGAUCAAUUCAAAAUUUCUUUUUUUGAUGAGCAUGUGUCCCCUUACCUUCUUCUUUGUAGGUUGUUGAUUGCUACAGGUAAUUAUCAUGAAGCCCUUUACGUUGCCGAGCUUGGACGGUCCAGAGCGCUGACAGACGUACUUUCAGAAAAGUACUGUGUGGAUAAAGGGGUAUCAGUCAACACACAGUCAUGGAUUGGUAUUGAGAACAUCAUGAAAAAAAAUGCACUUAGUUCUUGUCUUUAUGUUUCCUGCUUCGAUGAUGAAAUGUACUUUUGGAUCCUCAAGCCAAACAAAAAAUAAUAGAUUUUCGAGAAAAGACACUCCAAGAACGUGCAGAUAAAGUGUUUGGAAAUCAGACAUUUGGUGGCUCUCUUGAUUUACAUCAAGACCAUUGCGAAGAUCGAUCAUUGUUUUCAUGUGUAAGCUCCCCGCCACCAUGCAAACCAUCUCAGAGUGACAGCUUCGAAUCUUUGCGUGCUAUGGAAGAAGAGGAAGACGAAAAUCUCGACUCGAAACCUUUAACCCUUGCUGAUGGUUACAACAUGAUAAUCGCUCCUGUGGCUGACUUACUCCAAGAAUCAGAAAUCAUUAUUGUGCCGGAUAACUUGUUGUAUCCAAUUCCUUUUGCAGCUUUAAUGGAUGAUAAUGGAACGUAUUUAUCGGAUACUUUCAGGAUUCGUAUUGUCCCUUCCUUGACGACUCUUAAGUUGAUUCAGCUCAGUCCAGAAGACUACCAUAGUAAAACCGGUGCACUGAUCGUAGGAGAGCCAGACGUUAGUGAUGUAUACUACCAAGAAAAACUUCUACAUUUAGACCCACUGCCUUGGGCGAGAGAGGAAGCAGAGAUGAUUGGGCGACUGCUUGGUGUUCAACCGUUGCUUGGAAGGGAUGCAACUAAGCAGGCAGUCCUGGAAAGAAUGCAUUCGGUAAGUCUCAUUCACUUCGCUGCUCAUGGUGAUGACAAACGUGGAGAAAUAGCUCUUUCCCCUAUAAGCUCCUGUGAAACUCCACACGAAGAAGACUACUUAUUGACGAUGGCUGAAAUUUCACAAGUUCGACUAACAGCCAAGCUGGUUGUCCUUAGCUGCUGUCAUAGUGCAAGUGGUCAGAUAAGGGCUGAGGGAAUUGUUGGAAUCGCUCGAGCAUUUCUAGCAUCGGGUGCACGCGCCGUGUUGGCGGCCCUGUGGGCUGUAGAUGACAAAGCUACCAUGUGGUUUAUGAACCAUUUUUACGAGCACCUUGUUCAUGGUGAAAGUGCCAGUGAAUCUCUUCACCAGGUCAUGAAGUCGAUGAGAGAGAAUGGGUUUUCUGACGUCAAGCAGUGGGCACCCUUUAUGCUGAUUGGAGAUGAUGUAACAUUCAAAGGUUUGUAUUUAAUAUAAUUUUUAGGUUUUUGUAGCUGUUUUUGGUCAAAAUAUGUGAAAUUAAUAUUCGUGAAAACGCAUUAUUUUCAAAAAUAGUAUUAAGGGAGUUAUACUGAGUUUUGUUAGUUUCUUUAUUUGUUUGUUUUUCUUUUUCCAACCCUAGUCAUGAAAGUGAGGCAACUCGAGAGAAGGCCGAAUUUUAUUUUCCGAUUUUCAUUGAAUAUUUCGUAAAGCAUGCAUGCUCGGAUCUAAAAUAACUAACUAAAAUAAAAAUGUAGAAAACGAUAGUUGAGAUUCCAAAGAGCAUACGAAAACAAUUUAAGUCAUAGAGAAGAGAAGUAAGUGGCUGUCCAGCAAACUUUUUCUUAAGGUUGUACCUGAGGAAAGAAAAACGUAGGCUAUUGCACUGCGCUCCGAGACAGUCGGUUCGCGAAAUUGAGAAAGCGCGAACAGGAAAAUAAAACGCCCCCGCCCCUUUUCUCAUAUUCACGCAGUCGUACUUUUGCACGCCUUUCACCGCGUCAUCCCCACUAUCUGAGAACCCGGAACAGGCUAUAAAAAACGCUCCAUGUAUCUUUCAGGGACAGCUCAGAGGUUUUACGUACUAAUUGCUGGUGGGCGAGAGUUUAAAAGCAGAUGGAACGAUUCCCUCGGUACUUAAUCUAGCCCAAGCAGCUGCAGGAGCAUUUUAUUUUGAAACUUCUCUUUUAUGCAGAUAUUUUUCUGGAAAAUGAGCUAAGGGCAACUUCAUUGUCGUUUUCGUGUGUUCUGAAAACGAGGUUCAGUUUUGUCAUCAAUCGCCUCUUUUAUGAUGCUUGUUUCGAGGAGAAGUCGAAAGAUUUAAUAUUUCCCCAAGACAGUAUUUCAUUCGAUUCAAUUGGGUUUUACAAUACGUUUCGCUUUAGUUCUCUUCGUAGUCGUGAUUUUGUACCAGAGGAGAUGGAUGAUAUUUUGGGCAACCAUUGCACUCGCGCUGCAAGGGAUAGCAUGGUUGGUUUGAUAUCAAUCUCCUGCUUCAAGAUAUAAUCUGAUCAGUAUACAAACAGCAAACGCAGGAAAUUAAAAUAAAGUGAAAUAUUCUCACUGCAUACAUUAUUGGCCCGUGGCGCGGGAAUUAAGUAAUUUCGUAAAUUCCGUAGUGUUGGGCCUGCGCGCUGGUGGCAUGAUUCAUUAGGGACCUUCGUUAGAACUGCUUAGUUUUUGCCCGCCUCUUGGCUAGUUCAACGCAGGUUAGUGGAAAUGACUUGGAAAUUUCGCCUCUCCCACCUCCCCUGGUGGCGGUUGACGUCGCUAACCCUCAUUAUUUGGCAUGCCUAAUGUCCUGGCAGUCGCGGUUGCCUCCCAUAACUUAGUUCCCCCAUGUCGGAACAAUAGGUAUGCAGUGCGAAAAUUAUACGAAUCGCAUUUAAGCUGAAAGUGAUACAAUACGACUUAACUAAGCUUUUAGCAUAUAACUAAUUUCCUCGAAUUGUAAAGGUUUGCUAUUUGUUUAAAAAAAAUCUGUGUUAGAGACAUUUAGGUAAAACAUUUAGCGCAACGAGCAACGGAAGCAUGUUGAUCGAUGGCUAAAAUAAAUCGUGCAAAGAAUUUAAACGGAAGUGAACCGUCAUGAUUAGUUUUUCUAUUUGCAGGUGCAUUUGAUAAGAGCAGUUUGAAAGAUGGCGAAGGUGCAACGGAAACAAAGAACCUGUAA